AUGCUGGAGAGAAGCUUUGACGAGAAGUCUGUAACUGUGUGCGGCGAGGCAUCAGCAGCGGAAGAAGGCAUUACGCGGGAAAGCUUUGGUGGACUCCAUCAUGAGAAGAUAGUGCCGAUCGAGAGAAGCUUCACCUUUCUGACCAGAUUAGUGCUUCGAAAGCUCGACCUACACCUCUUCCUGCCACUCCUUGUGCUCUUCAUCUUCGACAUCCUUGAUCGCACAAAUACUGCCAUCUCGAAGCUCGGAGGUCUUACCGUUGACCUAAAUCUCACCGGCGUCCAGUACCAGACUGCUGUGGCCGUCUUCUUCGUUGCCUAUCUUGGGUUGCAGAUACCGAGCAAUAUUGCAUUGAGUCGCUCUCGGCCAGCACUGUACCUACCGGCGGCGGUGGUCAUCUGGGGCGGCAUCACGUUAUGUUUUGCGGCCCUCAAGGACUAUCUAGGCAUUAUAGGCGCACGUAUUGUGCUUGGCGUAGCUGAGUCUGUAUUCUUUCCUAGAUCUCUUCUGAUGAUCACUUCUUGGUACAAGCCACGCGAAGCUGUUCCACGAGUAGCAACCCUUUACUGUGGCAAUCUGAUUGGCAAUGGUCUCGGUGGCCUACUUGCCGCAGACGUGCUCGACGGCCUUGAGAACACAGGCGGUCUAGUCGGAUGGCGCUGGCUCUACAUCAUCGAAGGGACCGGGACGAUAGUCGCCGGCCUGCUGGCGUUCUGCUUGCUUCCGGACUUCCCUCGCUCGCAGCAACCAAGUUGGCUUACUCUCCAGGAGCAUCGAUCCGCACAGUGGCGCAUGUUAUCUCCAGCCAGUGUGGAGGGCGACGAGAACGAAACGAUAGCGCAUGCGCUCAAAGCCACCGUGACAGCCGUCAAAGUGUGGGCUCUGGUAGCUGUGCAAAACAUGGUGUUAACCACGCAGACCUGGAUGCCCUUCUUCCCGAGCAUCAUGAAGACUCUUGGAUUCGAGAACAAGGUGACGCUUCUGCUCACAGCACCAGUGUACUUCUUUGGCGUGAUUGGAGUCCUUAGCAAUUGCUUCAUCGCAGCCAGAACAGGUCAUCGCGCCGUUUUGAUCGUGUGGCCACUGGCAGUGGCCAUUGGUGGCAAUGUCAUGCUCAUCAGUUCCACAGCUAUGCCAGUCCAGGAUAUCGGUAUGUUCCUGAUGUGUGUCGGAUCAUACAGUGCGUUCACAGUUGUGCAAGCAUGGGUGGCGUCGACGAUACCUUCCUCAAAGACGAAGCGUGCUGUUGCCAUCGCUAUGGUGAAAAUGCUUGGUGGGCUGAGUAACGUGUAUGGAUCCUAUUUCUGGCCAGAUUCUGAUGCCCCUCGGUACCUUCCUGGUAGCUUGACGCUAUUGUCGUUCGCUGCUGGAGGCAUACUCUGCACGAUGGGCCUUGGGAUGCAUCUGUCCUUGCUGAACAGGAAGGCCGCGAAGAUCGAGGAGGAGUCAGGGUGUCCACAGUAUCGAUAUACAAUAUGA